AUCCACUCUCCGCCGCUGUCCUGUGCUGUGCUGUCCCGUCCUGUCCUGUCCUGUCCUGUCCGUUGCGUCCAAUCCCCUCCCUCGACGCCAUCACUCCAGAGUCAUCACACUCACCGCACCCGUCACCACACCACCGUCGUGGCUCCCGUUCCCGCUGUCCAUAUCACAGCGCCUCGACAGCGAGCUCACGACCCUCUCUCUAGCUCCCAACGGCAGGCACCUAAGGUUACCUCCGACACUCCCGCCACCUCCUCCACUCACCGUGCAAGCUUCUGGCGCCCUCCUCCCUCCUGCUGCUAUGAGUGGCGUGCUCGUCACCUCUGCACAGCUGCAGUAGCGACACGACGCUCCUCCGCCAGCUGCGCUGUGACGACGGCGAGGUCCGGACGGCAACUACAGGUACCGGUACCUACAGGUAUCAAUCAUUCUUCGCCUCACCCGAUCAACUUUGCCUGCUAGGACGUCCGCUCGGCGUCCCACGUCAUCAGUCAACGUGGCUGCCACCGACGUUCAUCGUUCCUGCAGCCACUACAGUGGGCCGUUUGGUUACGACAGAAGUCCAACCGUCCCGGACUUCAGUAGAACGUUCAAGAACCUCGAGUCGACCCUUCGGCCCCUCCAACGACACCUUCCCGACUCACCAACGCCAGGGCAACCACGUCCAUGGUCGGAAUUGCGACAUCAGUCUGGGAACUUCGGGAAGGAUUUCAUGUCAGAGCGGCAGCGAGAGCAGCAGCCCUCGGAUAGUUUGAUUGUCCGUGGCAACGACUCCUCUCAACGCUCUCUCAACCAGCAGCAGCCUCCUCCUCCUCCUCCUGCCCCUCAUGCUCCAUCGACUGCUGAGCAACAUGGCCCGCGGACAACUGCUGGCACAUCAAGCGCCGCUUCGCCAGCCUUGCAUCGGUACCCAGGAAACAAUGGCAGAUCGAUGGACUUGCCGCCUCUCCAACAACAAGUGCCUAGCGGUCAAGUUGCCACCUACCAGCCAAGCUCCAGAUCUGUAGGAGUGUCUUCUAUUCUGAAUCCUGUCGACUCGGACGAUAGUUCCCAGUCUCGAAGACGCAAGGCUCCUCACUUACAUUCAUCGCCAUCCUCCUCGAAUGUACUUCCGCCCCUGGGGCUCAGCAACCGGCCACCUCCGUCAGCCACGAGCACGCCUACGCCAUCUGCAAUGAGUAUUACAGCCGGAUAUGGAGUUGCUACCUAUGGUGCAGACAGACCGCCUCGAAGGAUCCUGACACCGAGAUCUCCUUCGGUUCAUCGCGCCUCUAGUCUGAGCCAGCUGAAUGCUUCUUCAGCUCCCAUUUUCAGUGCUCAGCAUGCUCCCUUUGCAGGAUCUCCGAGGAGUCGGACAUAUAUGGUCGAGCCAGGUACAGGCGGUGCACCGCCGUUGCCACAUCUGCCACCGUCCGCGAGACAUUCAAGCUAUGGUUCCUCUGCUCCUAUUGAUCCCCAGCCUCACGCACCAGGCGGAAGGAACGUCGAUGCACACUCUCGCGCAAGGCCUCCUUCACAGAGCGAGAGUCCAAGAUCUUCUUACUCAUCCGCGUCACCUGCUACCACGUAUGGCCAAUCUUCCAUGCCAACUCUAUCAGCAUCCUAUUCUGCAGGUCAAGACUAUGGUGGUGGCCAUGCCGUUGAUAAUCAUGGUGGAGAGCAUCAGCGUGCUGUGGGUGUGCCCGUGUCUUCAUCCUCGGCUGGACAAAAUGUCUAUCAGAUGAUGACUCUGGAGACAACCUCAGGAACUGUCUCGCUACCUGUAGAUGUGCAGGCCGCAUCACGAGUGGCAGAUGAGAAGAGGAGACGGAAUGCUGGAGCAAGUGCACGAUUCAGGCAGAGGCGAAAGGAGAAGGAAAAGGAGGCCUCGACCACUAUAUCUCGGCUGGAGCAACAAUUGAAAGAGCUUGGCGAAGACAUGGAGUUUUACAAACGGGAGAGGGACUACAUGGCUGGCGUGAUAUUGCAAGUGCCUGGAGGGGAUCGCCAUUUCCCACGGCCUCAAUCCCCACGACAUCGCAGAUCGUCGGGUUAUUCCGGACCCAGUGCCUCGAGCAGCUAUAUGCAGUAUCAAGAGCCUGGAGCGCGUAGUCCUGAUUCAGGGCGCAACGUGCGAAGAAGAACUUCUACCCUGUCUUUGCCCCAUUUCCCAGCGCCAAGCCAAGGCACACAUACUGCACCAGGACCUCCAUUGGCACAGACUUAUCCUCCGCCAAACUACGGUCAACAAAUCGCACCACAGCCUCACCUAGGCUUGCAGCAGGCAUCGCAUCCACUUCCCUCGCCCAUGACGAGAGGGACUCUGCCUGCUCCGCCGCCGCCGGCGGCUGGGUCCCAUGGUCCGCCGCAGGUGAUGCAAGCGGCGCCGCAAGGCGGACCUUGGAAUCCAUACGCUGACCGCCGUGGUCCACAACAUCAACUGCAUGAGCAACAUCGACAACAUCAGCACGGAGACCACGCCUAGUAUUUGUAUCCCGGGGCGAUGUCAGAAAAUGGAUCCACAUUGACGCGCAAUGUGGACGUACAGGUAGUGGGACCAAGCAUUCAUUGGCAAGGCAGCAGCAUCGGCUACACCAACACCAAGGGAGCACGGAUCCUGUGACGGGAUUGUUUUUCGAUGGACACGGAACGGCGUUUAUUCCAGCAUGGAGCCAAUCUUCUACUUUGUUUUCUUUUUGGAUUCUUUUGCACGAGACUGGGCUUUUGGAAUUUCGAUACCCCUUUACAUAGCGAAGGCAUUGCAUGCGAUGGAUGGAUAAGGCGCAACUACUUCUUGUACCCCUUUUUUCACUUUGUUUCGCACUUUUCGAAGAUACCCCAAUCUUGUAUAGCGUUUUAUAUAUUGCUUGCCUCACAUAGAAGUCUCCCUGUCACGAUCAUCACAACACAUU